AUGGGCUGCAGCUGCAUUAAACCAGAUUUAGGAAAAGGCUCAGGCUAUAUAGUACCAGAAAACCUGUUUCAAGACCCAAACAAGCGAGAUUUCAGCAAAAUAUCGACAAGAUUCCCGUACCCAGGAUCGACAGGGCCUAAGCAAAGACAUAAGAAGCCUAUAAUUGAUCUAAGGAGAUUGAUGUACGCUAAUUCUGAAGCAAGCUCAGCAACCGUGAAUGAUAGAGAAAAAGGCAAAGAAGACGUGAGAUUAAUACUGGAAGUCAUCAAUAAGCAUUCUAUCUUGCAAAAUCUCGACGAGGAUAGUAAAAUCGCACUUGUCAAAAAUAUGAAAUUCUAUGAAAUAGGGCCGAGGGAGAUGAUUUUUGAGCAGGGACAGCCUGGGUUUUGCUUUUAUGUGCUAUUUUCAGGGAGGGUAGAGCUGAGAGUAGACAAUGAAAGAAAAGCGAUCCUUAAAGCAGGUUCCGGAUUUGGAGAACUAGCUUUACUUGACGACAGACCUCGCUCCGCAACAGUCCGAACCAUUGAGCGCUGCUCCCUGUGAGGGGUAGAUCGCCAAACAUUUAAAGAAGCUGUUAAAAAAGUAACUGCUUUAAACUAUGAAGAAAACAAGACUUUUAUCGAAAGCGUCCCACUUUUUCAAACCUUUACCAAUGCGCAAAAAGACGCUUUAUUGUCUUCGCUUGUCACACAAAAAUUUUCCAAUUGUGAGAGGAUUGUAAAAGAAGGAGACACUGGAGAUUUAUUUUACAUUAUUAAAGAUGGGAUCGUAUCUUGCUCUGAAAAUGACAGAGAAAUGAGGCAAAUGGUUAAAGGCGACUACUUUGGAGAAUUAGCACUUCUUUAUGAUUCUAAAAGAACAGCUACGAUUACAGCAAUCGGAGAGGUAAAGCUGGUUUCAAUUGGAAGGAAAUCACUGAUAGAAGUUCUUGGGAAUAACUUAGAACAAAUUUUAAAUAGAAAUUCCCAGAGAAUAGCAGUCGAAAAAAGUGAGGUAUUAAAAAUCCUUUCAACUGACCAAAAGGAAGCAAUUUUUAAUACGAUGAGAGUGUCUAUUUAUAAGGCAGGAGAACUUGUAAUAUCAAGAGGAACCCCAAAAGGCCGCAAUCUCUGAAUAAUUACCAAGGGUAGAUUAAGAGGCCCAGUUGGUGACAUAGAGACUUUUUCUUGCAUAGGUGACGCUGAAUUACUUGAAGAUCCUCGAGAAAAUUAUUCUGUAGAUUUUGUUUCAGAAAAUGAAUCAAUUAUAGCUCACAUAACUAAAGAAGAAAUCGAAAAAUGUAUAGAAGGGACGCUUAAUCCCCUUUCUUAGCCAGCAAAAAAAGAGAAAUAUUUUUAUAAUAUUUCUAUUAUCUAUCAAUUUAUAAAUUUGUAAAUAUUUGAAAUAUAACGUUAUGCUUUAGAAUAAAAAUUUUUUAAAAUUUAAUAUAGUUUGCUAAAGAUUAUUAUUGCAAUUAUUUAUUAUUUCGUUAAAAAUUGAUAUAUUAUUUUUUUUUUUCAAUAGCCUAGAGCUAUCAAUUUUUCCUACAAUAUAAAUUUUCUAAUGAUUUCGCUCACUAACAAAGAGUGGAGCUAAUGAAAUCCAAGCUAUGAACGAAAUCAUUGGAAUAUUAAAAAGUGUCCAAUUACUAAAAGGACUAUCUCAAGAAAGAUUUAAGCUUCUAAUAGCUGCAUUAAGAGAAAUACAUUACUCAAAUGGACAAGUUAUUGUCGAACAAAACAGCUCUGGAGAUUCAUUUUUUAUUGUAAAAUCUGGCAAAGUCAGUGUACAAAAAGAUGGGGCUAAUAUCCGAAAUAUAACAAAGCAUGAUUAUUUUGGAGAAAGAUCAGUGUUAUUUAAUGACUUUAAAAGAAGUGCAACUGUUGUGGCAAAUGGAGAGGUAGAUUGCUGAAUCGUUGAAAAAAAAGAUUUUUUGAAUAUUAUUGAUGAUGGGAUUAGAGCACAGCUAUUAAAAAGAAUUGAAUUGCAGGAUGAUAUUAUUAGUUUUGAUGACAUCUUACCAAUCAAAAUAGUAGGUAAAGGUGCUUUUGGCACUGUUUAUUUAACAGCUCAUAAAAAAGCAACGAUUUUUUAUGCUUUAAAAUCAGUUUUAAAAUCCAAAGUCUUCAAAUAUGAUAUUCGUUUUUUAAAAAAAAUAAAAUUAAUUAAAAAAAAAUAAUUGUUUUAAAUAUUCAUAUUAAAUAGAAUAUUUAUCACAACAUUUUGCUUGAAAGAAAUAUUAUGCUCCAAUUAGACCACAAUAUGAUUGUAAAGCUUGUAAAAACCUUCAAAGACGAGUCCAGAUUUUAUUUUCUUAUGGAGUAUGUACAUGGACAAGACCUAUUUGACGUUCUUGCUGAUUUAGGAAGUUUAAAAGAAAACGACGCAAAGUUUUACGCUGGGUGUUUUGUAUUAAUGUUUCAAUAUUUACAUGAAAGAGAUAUAAUUUAUCGUGAUCUCAAGCCAGAAAAUGUUAUGAUUGACGAAGAAGGGUAUCCAAAACUUAUUGAUUUUGGGGCUGCCAAAGUGAUUCAUGGACGGUCUUUUACGACUUUAGGGACACCUCAUUAUAUGGCCCCUGAGGUAAUUUUAGGAUCUGGGUAUUCACUUCAAUUAAAAUAUGGUGUCUUAGCACUCUGCGGUCGGCUACGCCGACUACCUUCGAGCACAUUAUAUUCGGCAAGGUUUUGCUAAGCUGAAUAGAGUUAGCUAUGCUAGGUAAACAACUCAUGCGGUGUAAGAAGCCUAGUCCUUGUCCUUUUCUAGUUUGGGGUUUAUCUCGAGGAUAAAGGAGACUUGGAAGUUGGAAAGGGGUGGACAGCAAAGUCCUUUUGACCUAUCGGGCACUGCACCACCGUGAAACCAGGGCUACAAGUUUUCCUUUUGCGGACAGUCGGCCAGAAAAUCCAUUUUUGGAUUUUCUGUACAACCCCCUCGCUGCAGCCUGAAGCAAGGCCCCGGAGCCCAUUGUCUGCCCACUCAAGAUUGGAGUCAUCGCUAAAUGGCAAGGAGGUGACAACCAAACAGCCCACCUUUCUGGCGAUCGGAAGUAGAUGUCCCACAAAGCGGAUGAAUCCUCUGGAAGAUGCUUGGUAACCGAGUUAGGAAAUUAGACCUCCACUAACCUCCUAAUUAAGUAAGUAAGGAUAUUCGGUUCAAGCUGACUUAUGAAGCCUAGGGAUCCUGAUUUACGAAUUUCUAUUUGGGAGAGUCCCAUUUGGAGAAGAUUUUAACGACCCUCAUGAAAUUUAUGAAAAAGUCUUGGAGUAUCGACUUACGUGGCCAAUUGACCUUGACCCUGCUGCCAGCUCUAAAAACUUUGUGCAGCAGCUUUUAAACAAGAAUCCUGCUAUGAGAAUGGGAGGAGUUACCACAAACUUAAAAGAGCACAAGUGAUUCGUGGGGCUUUCAUGGGUAAUUUUUAUAUAGGAGCGACUAAUUACAAAGCAGCAUAAAGCUCCUUAUAUUCCGAAGCUCAGGUCGCUUACCUCUGAUUUAUCUAACGCCAAAAAGAAUCCUAGGAGUUUACGAGAGUUCAUUUUGAAUGAAGAACAAUGUGAAGAUUUUCCAAGAAACCUUGAGUUCCCUACAGAUUGGGAUGUUGAUUUUUAA